CGCUCCCGCCGCUCGCGUCGCCAUCUUUUCCCCCCUCCGUCUGUCUGUCUGCCGCUGGCUUUGUCCGUCUGCAGCGCCGUCCGCAGAAUCCCCGCGCACGGCCCGGCCAGAGCCCGCCCGGCCCCGGCCCGGAAAGGCCCCGGCCCUGGCGUGGCCCGAGCCGCGAACCCGGGGUCCAUUGUCCGGCGGUCCGUCUGUCUGGCCGGCCGGAGGCGGGGCCCAGCGUGGGGGUCUGGAGCGCCCGGUACCGGAUACAAUCAGCUGGAUUCGGUCGAGUUUACCUGCUCCAUGGGAACAGCCUAAGAACUGGAGGUCAGCACCUUACAAGGAGGCAGGAACGUUUCCAGUGGUGAAGCUGGACAAGGCCAGAACUACGGGGCCAGGGAAACAUGUCCCGUCGGAAACAGACCAAUCCAAAUAAAGUUCACUGGGAACAGGUAUUUGCUGGGCUGGAGGAGCAAGCCCGACAGGCGAUGAUGAAAACUGAUUUUCCUGGAGAUCUUGGCAAUCAGCAUCCAGCUAUUCAACAACUGAGAGAUCAGGCCUCCAGUAGCAGCGACAGUGAGGGGGACGAAGAGGAGACCACACAAGACGAAGUCUCUUCCCACACAUCCGAGGAGGAUGGCGGGAUGGUGAAAGUGAAAAAGGAGUUAGAGAACACAGAGCCAAGUGUUGGAGGGAAUGAGGUGAUAGGGGAGCACGAGGCAAGUGACCAUUUGAAUUCUGACCCCAUGCUUGGCCUUUGUCAGUGUCCCCUUUGUCAGUUGGACUGUGGGAGCCGAGAACAACUUAUUGCUCAUGUAUACCAGCACACUGCAGCAGUGGUGAGCGCCAAGAGUUACGUGUGCCCCGUGUGUGGCCGGGCCCUCAGCUCCCCAGGGUCUCUAGGCCGUCACCUCCUCAUCCACUCUGAGGACCAGCGGUCCAACUGUGCGGUCUGCGGAGCUCGUUUCACCAGCCACGCCACCUUCAACAGUGAAAAGCUUCCAGAAGUACUGAAUAUGGAAUCUGUACCCCCCAACUACAAUGAAGGCCCCUCCAAUUCAGAGGGAAAGGACAUUGCCUUCAGUCCCCCUGUGUACCCUGCUGGUGUUAUCCUUCUGGUGUGCAACAACUGUGCUGCCUACCGCAAGCUGCUAGAAGCCCAGGCUCCUGGAGUCCGCAAGUGGGCGCUGCGGAGGCAGAACGCUCUGGAGGUUCGGCUGCAGAGGCUGAACGUGAGCGCCAGCAAGAAGAGCAGGCGAGACAACGAGACCCCAGAAGCGGAGGUGAGGCGCAUGCGGGACCGUGAGGCCAAGCGCCUGCAGCGCCUGCAGGAGACUGCCGAGCAGCGGCACUGCCGCCUGCAGCGGGUACCGAGAGGCCAUGAGACUUAACGCGCCAAUGAGACUCCGGAGAAGCGGCAGGCCCGGCUUAUCCGGGAGCGCGAAGCCAAGCGGCUAAAGCGACGGCUAGAAAAAAUGGACAUGAUGUUACGAGCUCAGUUUGUUCAGGACCCCUCUGCCGUGGCAGCCUUGGCAGCUGAGAUGAGUUUCUUUCACGCUGCCGGUGGGGCAUGUGUAGAGCUGGAGAGUCAGCUUCUGGGCAAGGUGGCCUUCGAGGAGCAGAACAGCAGUUCUCUGCACUGACCAGACAGAUCCACGCUGGCAAACACAAUAUGGACCAGUCCUCUGCCUGCCUACAAGCCUCCAUCCCCACUGCUAGGGAGAUUCCUGGGUUUGGACCCAGCUUAGCUCAUGCCGUCCCACGUGCACCAAAGCGUCCCUUGCAUGCUCGAGGAGAAUGGGACAGAGGUGCUGGCUUAGGCGGCCUAGAGGGAGCAGGCGACUCCAGACAA